UCUCUGCGCAGUUUGGAAGAGUCUUGUCCGGUUGACGUUGCAGUGAUCUAUGAUUUUAUCUUAAAGUUAAUCUAGACUCUAUCUCUAUAAUAACAUUUAAUCUAUCUAGAUAUAGACUCUAUAGAUUAGUACUUUAUAAUAGAUCUACAUCACAAUGUCUAGCAACACAGCCUUAAUGGAGGAGUCUGAUGUUGCCUUAAAUUUUGGUGAAGAAGAUGAUUUGGUUAAUAAAGAUAAGAAAUUGAUACAUCCAGUUGCUGUAUUCUUUCAUCUGUUCUUCCGUGCAUCAGCACUGAUUGCUUAUCUACUAUGUGGGCUGUUUAGUUCUAGUUUCAUUACAAACUUUGUUGUGAUUAUACUUUUAUUAUGUAUGGAUUUCUGGACUGUGAAAAAUAUAUCAGGUAGAUUAUUAGUUGGCUUGCGGUGGUGGAAUUAUGUUGAUGAAAAUGGUGUUAGCCGAUGGAUUUAUGAAUCUCGUAAGGGUUCAGGUACCAUCAAAAUUUCUGCUGCAGAAUCCAGAAUAUUUUGGCUGUCUCUUAUUGUAUGUCAGGUGCUAUGGGCUGUGUUCUUCUUUGCCACCAUAUUUCAACUCAGCUUAAAGUGGUUUAUGGUGGUAGUUGUGGGUUUUUUGAUGAAUGGAGCUAAUCUAUAUGGUUACAUACGCUGCAGAGUUGGUGCCAAGAAAAACUUAUCUUCAGUAGCAACCAAUAUAUUAUCUACAAAGCUUUUUACUUCUAUGUUGUCAUCAGCUGCCUCUAAAGCGACAUCUGGUGCAGGACCAAGUGGAGCAACAAAAGAAUGAGAGAAAACACAAAAUACAGAACUAGUGCUCAUCUGACUGGAUCUAGAAAGUAUACACAAAACAAGUUGCUGGCGGCUGAUACAUUUGCUUUUGCAGACUCAGCGCCCUUGUCUUAUUAUCAGUGCAAUAUCGGGAUGGCUAUACUGCCCAUUAAUUCUUCCAAGGCUGAAUUAAGUUCACAGAAUAUGAUUUAGCCCACUGUUUGAGGUUGUUGAUGAGGGAAUUUUGUGUAUUAUAUUGACUUAAUAGUUAUUUAUGGACUGUAUUAUAAUUAGUUUGACCACAUGGUCAAUAGUGCUGAGUUGUCAUUUAAACAAGUUUCUAAUUAAACAAUUUUUCAAAUUUAAUUUUAAUUUGCUGAGUACAUUUUGUUUAAAAAAAGAUAAAAUGGAGGGGUUGGUUAACUUUAUUGUGUGGAGGGGUAUUUUAUUUUGAUGGCUAUUAUUGAUAAGAUGUUUUUUCAUAAUUUUUUUUUUUUUUACUAAUAAACAUUUUUUAACAGACCAAAUUGGUAAUUAUUUAUAAAAGUGUUGUUAAAACUUUAGAACGACAACUAUUUAAACUUAAUGUCUGUGACAAAUGCUCACAUUUUAACUUUUUUUUUAGGUUCUGCUUCAAAAAAUAAUCACCUGUAUUAAUAUUUACCAUAGCCUUACUUGUGUAGGUCUGAUAUAUUUGUACAGUAUUUGUUUAUGGGGAGAGCCAACUUUCCAAAAGUAUACCACACUUGACCCCAGCUAUGGGAAAAACAAAAUGGCUUUUUAAUAAUUCAAUGGCAGAAUGGGAAAAGUGUGUGGGAAACUAAAAACUAUUUAUGCUUGAAAUAAAAGGUUUGCAUAAUACAAAUUAAUUGCUUUUUAGUGUAAAGGGUAUGAGUGAUUACUGAAGCAGCCAAUGUUGCCUUGUGAUUCUUUCAGUGCAAUUUUCUCAGUUAAAUGACUGGAGUGAAGACCAAGUUUAAAUGAAUACAAAAUUUUGACUCACAUAUUGAGGAAAGAAAAGUUUUCAUAUGGUAAUAAUUAGGUUCCUUGUGCUUUCUUGAUAUUCCUCUAUAUCAGGCUAUCCUCAAAAAAAAAAAAAAACAUGCCCAGGAGGCACUGGUUAGGGACACCUUUGCACCCAAUUACACCCCAAGACUUUUCUGUCCCAUAAGGGCACCAGGGAUCAAUCAAACUACUUGUUUUUUAAGUGGAAAAAAAUAAGUUGGAAGUGUAACCUGCCCCCCCCCCCCCUUCUCAUUCAGGAAAUAAAGAACAGCAGUUGUUUGUUUUUUUUGUUUCUGAAUUUGAGUGAAAGUGAGCUGUUACUUUUCACUAUUGAACAAAACAUUUAACAUUCAAUGUGAUUGCUUUAGGCAAUGAAUUUAGUGUUCUAGACUGUAUUGGAGUGUGUGCAUUGAAGGAUUGGUUUUGAAAGGUUCAAAUGAAAUUUUUUAUUUUCUGUGGAAAUUGUUGUCCAUUUAACAUUGAAAUCCAAAUCAUUUUAUCAUGUAAUAAUUUUGUAGUUCUUGAAAACUGAAUUUAUGUUUCACUUAAUAAAACAAUAAGUAAAAAAAGUAAAACUAUAGAUACCAUACACAUUGUCUGUUACAUUCCUCUUGUAUUUUUUUAAAAACUCAAUUCUUUGUUUACAUGGCAAUCAUUUUUGUCUUUGUAAAUUUCCAACAAAUGUAUUAAAUUAUAUUAACAAUG